AUGGCAGAUACAAAUAGCCGCUAUGAACUUUUAAUGACUGUUAUGGGCCCUCCGAACAGCAAGCCAUCACAUGCAGAGUCUGAAAAAUCCCCGGCAGAAAUUUCCUCUGUCGUGGUUACGCCGUCUGAGUCGUUCGAAGAUAUCCAAUCUCUAAAGCCCAAUCUUUCUUUAUCGGAUCAAGCCACUUCUCCUUCUAACGAUUUUACGAAAGGUGCAUUAGCAUCUCUUUCUAAUGCUUCUCGUGAAGCUUCUAAUGGAUCGUCAUCAUCGUCUUCGUAUUCGUCGUCUCGUUCUCCGUCUCCUCAUUCCAGUGAAUCAUUAGAAAGUCAAUCCUCUAGAACAUCGAAGAGUUUUGAGAAAAAUAUUCCGUAUGGAGUGAAUGGUUCUCCAGAAAAAUCUCCGCUAGUUGAACAAUUCAUUGCAUUUGUUAGCUGUACAGAUGCUCAAAGAGGAACAAUUUUAAGUGAAUUUCUAUUUUCCUAUUUGAAUGGUCUCUCUGUGCGAUGCAUUACGGAACCGGAAUUGGAUAAGACGCGCCAUAUUCUCUAUACUUGGUGGUCUUUCCUUAUUCGACUGUUGGAAACAACUCAAGUAGCACUAUCUGAAAGGUUUGUUUAUAUCAAAUCAAUAGUCACCAUUGCUGAGCACUCAUGUUGGAAAGGGAUUGAAAAUUCCGAGCUACUGAAUAUGGAACAUCAAUUAAUUUUGUUUGAUACCCUUUCUUUUGUAGUACAUCUUCUUUCUCAAAAGGUACUACCACACACCUUGGUAAAGUUUUGUGCCAAAAUAUUGGUUCUUUCCUUUUUUAGACUCGAAAAAUUUGCAAACCGUUUUCUGAGAGCACUCAAAAUUGAUAAAAAGUUCGUCAAAUACUUUUCAUCAAAGCUUAACAGGAAUGAAACAAAUCAUCCCGAGAAAUAUAUGGCGCCACUCUUUCCUAAGCAUUUAUACUCUGUUAUGUUCGCAACGAGAUUAGAGAAAUUAGAUAUGGAGUUUACUAUUGGCUACGGACGGCAGCCGAUUGAAUUUGCUGAAAAUUGGUUCCAUCGUUUUCAUGUACCAAAAGGUGGGUUAUUUUUUGAAUUUCUUGCGGAAUAUCAUUCAUAUUUAGCACAGAGCUUAUCCUUUGAACUUCCUUCUGACAUAAUUUAUUAUUCCCCUGGAUACAUUCAUUUACAUGCCUAUCUUCUUCAAAUCUGUUUAACCACUGUAAACUUAUCAGAGCGAAAAUGUCCUACGACUGGUGCAUUUCUCGAAUUUCCUACUUCAAAAAACAAUGAAAUUAAUUCACCUUCUGAGGUACUUGCAGUGAAACCCGCUGUUACUACUACUACAAUUGCUAUGCUGCAGCAACUUACAGAUCACGUGAAAGGUUUUUUUGUAGCAGUGAAAGCUUGCAGACAGCAACAGUUGCGACUGUUAGAUGUGUUAGAGUGUACACUUCAAGGCGUUGGACAGUUUAUUCGCGUUUAUGAUUUUCAAGCAUCCUUUAUGUAUUGCUCUCUCUCAGAAAGCUGGUUUGAAAUAUUUUUUGAUUAUUCCCAUCGACCCAGAUAUUCUUUUUGGAUUGAAGCAAUGAAAAAGUUAGUCAGCACAUCAAACCACAUGGCGAUUGUGAGGAGCAUAACGUUUGUCUAUACGAUAUGGCCGUACUUGGACCUUGAAGAUAAGAAAAUAAUCAGCUUUCGGUGGUUGUUAGUUCAAGAAACGUUUGAAUACCUCUUCCUGCAUCAUUUUUCCCUUGUACGUGCUUAUUUUCAUCGGUUUUUAUGCUGGAGACUACUAAAGGUCGACGAUGAAAGCGAAACCGAACUCAAAGCGGAAAUCGUUCUGUGCUUAAAAAGAUUGCUUAAGCAUUGUUAUUCUGGAUACAAGUGUUAUACUCAAGGUUGUUUGAGGUCUUCAAAAACAAUUCCAACAGCGAAGCCUUCUGCACCCCUUCCACUGCGACGCUUGGUCAUUGUUUGUAAUUCUGAACCCUCUUCGGAUAAUUGUGAUGACAGUGGUGACUUUGAAAUCCCUGGUGAUCGUAACGAAGAAAACAUCAUUGACAAUAUAUAUACUGAUGUGGUGACAAUUUCAAACACUGUCUCAAGUGGCUUAAGGAAGGUCUUUGGUUCGUUUGUGAAUAAUAAGUCCAGAUAUAAUUCCGACAUCGAGUUUUCAAAGCAGACAUCAAUGACAAACAACUUAUUAUUAAGGCAAGUUAUGCAAAACAGGAAAAGACAAAAGCCUCGCCAUCGGUUUACAUUCAUACCGUCUCCUCCCGAUACAAGUGGGUCAACAAAUAAUAGAGAAAACUUUUCGACGAUUAUAGAACACUCCUCUCACGGAGUCUUGCCAACUCAAUCCAAAAUUUUACUGUAUAAUAGUAAUAAUGCUUCUGCUCAUUACGCUAAAGCUCCGUUAAGUGAGAUUCAUGCUAGCAAAUUGGUGUACGCCAGUCAAGCUUUAGUGGAGUGGGCACUUGUGGUUCAUGAAUUUGAUUCCUUUAUUUUGAAUCGAAAAGAUAUUGAAGAAACGGAGAUGAUAGCUCCUCUACUUACUGUCCGUAUUCCCAAACUUCAUAACCCUGCACAGUUUUUAUGA